AUGUUUAGUAGAUUUUUUAAUAAACAUUAUAUCAGGCUAUUUUUAAACUUUGCUGGUUCGCUGCUGAUCCUAGAGAGCUUGCUUGGCAGUCUUUGGUUCGACAUCGUUAAUUUCAAGGUUGAGAUCCAAGGUGAAUUCCUCGAAGUCCGUGUCAGAGGAGGAUUGUUCAAAGUUUGCUAUCCAGAGUUUUAUGAAGCAGAGAAUGGAACAUUGCUUCUCACGGGCGGGGAAGAGUGCAAAUCAUUUACAGACGUAGCAGGGAUGAACAUUACUCGUGGCUUUAAACUCUCCAACGGCUGCAUCAUCGUCGGUUUCUUCAUUGGCCUGGCAAUGCUGAUUACACAGAUGAAAAAGCGAGUUCGAGAUCAUCCUUUUAUUGCGGAGGGUUAUCUCAUUGGAUUUGGUCUCAAUAUGGCAGCUGCUUCCAUCGCACUUGGCGUAGUUACCAGCUCGGGUCUUCUCGUCUGCAACUGUCUGGACGAAUUCGGAAGAGAUGGGUGGAUCAAUGUUGUCGGGACGAAUCUUAUUUUGAUAUGCUUCUUUAUCAGCGAUACAAAAGUCAGUAACAUGGAGUUUCGUCAUCGAGGAAUAUGGUUCAUGUACGAAUUCUUUGCGUUCUUUGCUGUAAUGCUGAUAGUUUUCACCGGCCCAAGUUGGAUCCACGAUACGAGCAGAUUUGAUAAUAGUCCAUCUGAAUUUUACCUCCAUAAUUUUAACCAAACAACCACGUCUACAACCUCAACAACUACCACGACAACAACGACGACUACUACAACAACGACAAAAGGUCGACCAACAAUGUCCACUUCGAGGCCGACCUUGCCCACUUUUAGUCCAACUCUUCCAUCAAUCAGCCUGUCGACUCUUCCUACACUUCCUAACUUGAAACUAGAGCGUUGUCAGAAAAGAUUCGACAUGUGGAACUAUUGCGUAGGAAUGUGUAACAGGGACGGCGAAGUUGAUUACUGGGACUGUGUUCGUUGGGAGGAGUAUCCAGAUCAGAUGGCCAGUUGGGAUCACCCCGUCCCAACAGGCAUUCGUCUUGCUAGAAUCUGGUACAUUUUGGCGAUUGCCUUUGCUGUAAUUACUUUUCAAAAGAUCAAGAGUAGAGAUGAGAACAUCCGAAGCUUUAUCCUCGGGUCGAUGCUGUUCUGUUGCAUUUCUGGAGUGAACAUUUAUGGCUUCAAUCUGGUUCAAUCUUCGACAGUGAUUCCGGGGCGAUUUGAAGAUAAACUUCCCUUCAAUGCUCAUUGCUCCGUUGGGGGAUUCUAUUCUAUAAUUUGCGCUGGCGCUCUCUUCGCAAUCAUAUACUUUACUGAUAGUAUAUUGUUCUUGUCAGAAACCAGAAAACCUUCACGAACAGAUUCCAUGCUGAAAGCAUGA